AUGCCGCAGGGCCACGCAGUGCCCAGUGUGUUCAGGAAAUGGGAGAAGCCUGGAGCCCGGACAAACAGAGACAAUCGGCUUGAUCUGAAGCUGCCCCACGGCCAUGGAAUGAAGAAUGUCUGCCCCGAAAAGUCACAGAAACAGGCUUGGGUGCAUACCGAGGACAAGAUAAGCAGGAUCCCCAUUAGAAUGCAACAGCUGUGGCCCGUGGAAGGAACCUUGAUGCCUGUUCCGAUAGCGGAGACUGAGUACCAGUGUUCCGCCAACCCAGGAACAGAGCAGGCCCUGCAGGCGCAGCGAGAAGACAGAUUCCCGGGAACGCACUCAGGAGGAAAAAUGGAGAAAGUAACACUUCCCACCGAAACUACCAGAAACAUCCAGAAAAUGAAGCAGAAAAAUGCAGCCCAGGAAUCAGAAAAGGCCUCAGUCCGGUCAAUUAAACCUUGGAGUGACCAGGAAAUCCAGAGUUUCCUGCAAGAAUGGGAAUUUCUUGAACGUGAAGUGUACAGGGUGAAGAAGAAGUAUCACGUAGUAUCAAAAACAAUUGCCCAGCGUCUCAAGCAGAGAGGUAUGAAGAAGAGCUGGCAGGAAUGUCUCCAGAUGCUAAUAAGCUUGCAGGACUUAUACUUCACUAUUCAGGAGGCCAACCAGAGGCCAAGGUGCCUACCCUUGCCAUGUCCUUAUGGCGAGGCCCUGCACAGGAUUCUGGGAUACAGAUGGAAAAUCGGCGUCUUCUCAGGUCCUCCCUGUGCAGAUGCGGUUGACCUCGCACCUCCCCAGCACCAGCCCCAGGCCUGUGGCGUUCCCAUAGCCGUUCAGGAGCUGACGUGGGCCCCGACCCCUGUGAUCUAUGUGGAAAAUCCUCCGGUACCCGAAUGGGAGCCCUGGAACACAAAUGGUCAUGCUCCAUAUAUGAAUCCUGCUUUUCCCCCAGCAGCCCCAGGCCCCCUACCACAGUGGGCCAUCUCUACUGACUGAUCCAGAUCUUGAAGACAAUUAGAAUCUGGAUCCCGAUUCUUCAGAAAGACUGAAAAGUAGCACAAUCUGUGUGUGUUAGUGCAUGACUCCUUCCCCUCCUCACCUGGUACAAUGAGAAUAAAUGUGAAAUAAAUGAACGACCGUGACCUC